AUGCGCAACUCGGCACUCAUCGCGAUAUUCUGCUGCUCACUGGCUUACUCACUAGCUGAACCGAUUCGUGCACGUCGGUGCUGUGCUCAACAGCAACCUCAAUGCGUGUGUCAGGCCGUUAUCGAAUUCAGCCCUCAGCAGAGCUGCCAAUGCACUCAGCCAGUGCAGACGACCAGCUGCCAACAGUGCGCUCCACAGACUACCGCUCAAUGUGCUCCUGUGUGUCAGUCGACUUGCGUUGAAUCGUGCGUACAACAACAGCAGCCUGUGGCUCAAUGCCAGCAGUCCUGCACCAGCUCAUGCCAGUCGGCUUGCACCGAACCGGUGCAGCUUCAGCCCGUACAGCAGCAGUGCGCUCAACAGUGCAACGUCGUCUGCCAGAACCAGCCCACGUGCCAGCAGACCUGCCAGACCAGCUGCGUUGCCGGCGAGCAGUACUCGCAGCCACAAUACAGCACGCCUGGUUACCUACCAAGCAGCACUAUGGCUCCGAUCACCUACCCAUCUACAACCACGCAAAUGUACCAGCCAUACCAAGACCAGAACCCAUGCCAGCAGUGUCAAAGUGCCUGCAUGAACGAAUGUCAAGCAGCCGGUCAACCACCGCAGCAGUGCCAACAAAUCUGCCAACAAAACUGCCAAUCGGCCUGUGGACAACAGCCGCAAAUUUAUCAACCAUAUGCCGAAGCCAACCAGUGUGAUGAAUGCCAGAAUCAGUGCCACCAACAAUGUCAGCAGCAGGGCGCUCAGAACUGCGAUCAACAGUGUAACCAACAGUGUCAGUCCGUUUGCCAGCCUACGCAAAUCCAGCAACCACAACAGCAGUGCGUGCCAGCAUGUCAACCCGCGUGCACUACAACAUGCAUUCAAACUCAACAGCAAGUCCAGCAACCACAACAGCAAUGUGCGCCUGCGUGCCAACCCGCGUGCACUACACAAUGCAUUCAAACUCAACAGGCGCAACAGGUCGUGCUGACGAUCAGCGUGCCAGUUUCCGCCUCUUCCCCACAAUGCCAACCUCAAUGUGAGCAGAGCUGCAAUGUGCAAUGCGUGCAGCAAAAUCAGGUGAGUUCCCAAAACCCUUGU